CUUCUAUCAAUUCGCCUUCGAUAAGAGCCAUUCUUUGCCCUGGCAACAAGUUCAAAUUGCUUAACCGAUCUGUGUGCUCUACCUUAGGUCGUCCUGAGUCUCGUCACUCGACACGUUAGACUUUCCUUCCUCUGUUUUCGAAAGGUUACCAUAAAUCCGAACAGUAGUCUUGUGCAGAUUUACUAUCGGAUUCCUAGCCAGAUUUCUCUUCGCCCUUGAUAAUGUAUGCAUCUCCAGCACUUCAACUUUACGAUAAGUUUCUGAAACUUCCAUUUCCCUGACGUUUCAUUCAAUUUGAUGGGAGAACUAGUCGAGAGGAGCACCGCAAGUAGACGCUGACCUUUGCAAUUUUUCCGACCCUUCGCGGAGUCACCGAGUUGAAAGCGAGAGCUUGCACAUUCAAAACAGCAAGGCACUCUCUUCCGACCUUCAGCAAACUCCGGAAAAUCGAUAUAUCGAGCGGCUGGAAUAUCUGCUAUCGUGCAUAUGACAGUCUUUUUUAGGGCGUAAUUUCGACGUCAAUACUUGUCAGGCAUCUCACCAUCUGGGGUGCAAACUCGGUCAUAUCUCUCAUUCUCAAGUUUGGAAUGAGCAACAAGUCUAGACAGCAAUGACAAUGAAUUCCACUGAAGCAGAGCUUGAAAAAUUCCGCCAAGAAUGGAAGCAAGAAGUGUCUGCGAAAGUAAAGAGUCACGCGAAAGCAAAUCGAUCAGGACCAAGUAAUCCAAGUCCUGCUGCGACGAAGACAACAGCUCCAUCCAGGACGACACAGCCAAAUCCAUCAGCACUUUCAUUUUAUAACUCUCAUAAUGAUGAUGAUCUUGCUCCUCAGGGCUACCACGAUAUAGAUCAGCAGUUGGGAGGAAGUCAACACGAUCUAGCCCAGGCCUCGUUCCUAGCACGUGAGCCCCGGACCGCGUUGGAGCAUUACGAAAAAGCCGUAGAAAAGGAAGGACAGGGUUCUCUCGGUGACAGCCUGAGUCUAUAUCGGAAAGCUUUCCGUAUGGAUUCCAACGUUGACAAGAAGUACAGGAACAAGCACUUCCCACCGUCAGCAUAUGUGGCAUCCAAACCAUCGUAUUCCAACCCCCCAAACGCAUUUGCGACAGUGCCAAAUCAUUCCCAACAUUCCUUGAUCGGCCUUUCCAAAACAGUGGCUGAUUUGAUUUCUGAUUUCUCAGCCUUAUCAAUCACAGGCGAACCAGCCUCCACGGAAUUUUCUCCAACACCAGCAUGCCCGAUUGCAAAAAUACCUGAAGAGAUACUGUCGCAAAUUUUGAUGAAUGUUGCGAUCACAGAUGUCGCUUCCAUGGCUCGAUUGGCCCUGGUUUGCAAACGGCUAGCCUUUCUUGUGCUGACGGAAGAGAGCAUCUGGAAGCGACUUGUACAUAGUCGCGACGUUGGCUUACGGGGCAUGCACUAUCAAUUUGCCUGCACUAUAAAAGGAGAGCCUAUUAGAACACCGAACGAUAUCAUGGAUACUUCACCAGUCGUGGAACGAGUUCUCGAUAUCACACUUCCUUUAACGCCAUUGUUCCCCACAUACCGGCAAAUGUUCCGACAACGUCCACGUAUACGAUUCAACGGGUGUUAUAUUAGCACCGUGAAUUACACUCGACCAGGUGUUGCAGCCACAAGCGUAACGUGGAAUUCUCCGGUCUUUAUCGUCACUUACUACCGUUACCUUCGCUUUUUUCGAGACGGAAGUCUCAUAAGUCUCCUUUCCACAAGCGAACCGAGGGAUGUUAUUCCGUAUCUCCAACCCGAAUACAUGCAUCAGAAUCACGCGAAUACGGCGCCACAAAACGUAAUGAAAGAUGCCCUGAAAGGACGGUGGCGACUGACAGGUAACCCGUGGAAAAUCAUUCAAGCUGAAGAUGGAUCUGAGGAAUCCGACGAACCCGAAGGCGACUUGAUCAUUGAAACGGAAGGAGUUGUACCCAAGUACAUGUACAAGAUGCAUCUUACGCUUGGAUCUGCUGGGAAAGGUACGAGAAAUAACAAGCUCACAUGGAGAGGGUAUUGGAGUUGGAAUAGAUUGACAGAUGAUUGGGCGGAGUUUGGACUGAAGAACGAUAGAGCAUUUUAUUGGAGUCGAGUAAGAAGCUUUGGAAACGACGUGUAAGAAAGAUGUUCGUAAUAAGGUGACAGGAUCGUCGCUUGAUUUUGCUGGUCCGUCAGAAAUGCCAUACACCCUUUUUAGUGUCUCCAUCAA